CUCACGUCUCAGUCGAAAGGUAAGCGGAGCUGCACUGGUCCCGUUAGCUUCCGACAAGCGCUACGAACUCGAUAGCUCACCGAAGUGGAUGAAGCGCUGCCCCCGCCGAGGAAAACCGAGUGUGCUGGACGACCGCCCCGAGCUCCGCCCGUAGUUGUCAUGGUAACACAAGCCGUACUCGCCAUUGGCCCGAGAGUAUAGGGGGUGGCCAACAAAAACACAGAAAACAUCUGGAGUAGACAAAGAAUGUAUCUCUAUUUGAAUGUUACAAGAUCGCCGCAAUCUUCGCGUUUCAAAAGACGUUUUGAAAAAAAGACAAAGAAGAUACUCGUGAUUGACUUUCCAAAGCCAGAGGGGGCCGCAGAAGGGAGCUAAAGAGCCGCAAGCGCCCCCUCAAAACUAGCUCCUAGUCACUGAAAAUUCUAUUGAAAACUGAUCACGUGGAACCUUUCCUCAAUUGUUCAUCCAUCCGUCCAUUUUCUUCACCGGCUGUCAGCCAAUCGCAGUCCUUCAUUUUCUUCUUCUUCUUUUUCGGAGGGUGUUUUAUGUCUUUGACAGAAACCACACACAAGGUUCAUAUUUAGAUUCACUACGCCAACUUUUAAGGGAGGAGCUUUGGUAGACACAAGAUGGCGCUGCAAGGCUGCCGAGGAGCCGCUGAGCCAGCAGGGGGUCCGGGGGGUGGGGCUUGAGAGUAACCGGACCCCGAGUGCCGCGGCCGCAGCUGUCCGCUCACGAGACGCCAACAGACGGCGGGCGGAGGUUCGGCGGAGUGUUCGGGGCUCCGUGGCCCAACUGGAGGCGCUUUGAGGCGGACGGACGCCGACCAAGACGACAGAACGAAACAACAACAACAACGACGACGAAGAAGAAGAGAAUGAAGAAGAGGCAAUACUGCGACACUCGCACGGAGGCGGAGGCGGCGUCCAUUUUGUCAGGUCAACCGGGCCACGCGGCGGACAAAGCGGACAAGGCGGGCUGGCUGCGAAGGUUCUGCGGCAAAGGGAUGUUCCGGGAGAUCUGGAAGAACCGCUUCGUGAUCCUCAAAGACCAACAGCUGAUGGUCUGCGAGAAGGAGGGUCACGCAGGUGCUGACGAGGUUUUGGACUUGAGCCACUUCGGCAGCUGCGACGACGUCAAGAACCACAAAAAGAAAAGUCGUAGCAAAAAGAAUCACAGCAAGUUUACACUUCAACCAUGUACACGCGCGCACAACACGGUUGUUAACAUUCUGUUCCUGGCAGUGAGUCCUGAGGACAAAGAGUCGUGGAUACACGUGCUCAAUGUCGCCAUUACGAGAGCCAAGAACAAAAUCCUGGACCAGGUGACAGUGGAGGAGGCUCAGCUGUGUCACCUGACCCGAGACCGAGCCCGGAUCGGUCACGGCCGCCGCCCGCCUAGCCGAGGUCACCUGUUGGCUGCGGCAUCCUCCUCAGAUGGGACCGUGACUUUGGAUCGGAUUCAGGAGGAAGACAUUUCGGCGCCACACGGACUCGAUGGCCGCAAUCCAGAAGAAACCCCACCCGCUUGGGACCGCGUCCGGUCCGAACCCGACGGCGCACUCUUCCCCGGGGCCGCCGAAGUUUCUGGGAAGUCACAGAGUCUCCCUCGCGGGGGAGCGGCGGCUCAGCAGCGGAUGCGUUCCGGUUGGACUUCCGGGUCGGGAAAAGAAUCCAGGACCUCCCAGAAGAACCGCUGCGCCUCCAUGGAUGAGAUAUGCAGCCACUCGGACAAGAACCGGACCGUGCCGCCACGCUUGGACGCCUCCACGCCCGUCGACCAGCUGCACCACCUCAUCAGCCUCAAGGUGGCACAGACAGAGCGGCUGCUGGCCACGACGCGGGACCGACCCGAAGGCCGAGAUGGGAAACGGACUCAGUCGGUGGAGGAAAUGAGAGCGGAAGCCUUCGGUCUCCUGAAGGACGCGCUUGAAGCCCUGGAGCAGGCCCGCCAGGUUCUGCAGGAGGUCAAGGAGCUGGGCAAACUCCACCACCAACUGAACCGGUCCUGAGACCGGAACUGGCACUGGCACUGGCACAGUUCCGUAACCCGAAGCCAACGCUCGGACAAACCACUUUCUUGGAACACUGGCUUUUAAGUCAGGGCGAAGAAUUAUGACGUCGGGUCAGGACUUGUUGACGAGAAACAGGGUACCAGUGGGAUUGUGGGUCCAAAAAGAACUUCUGGUCAGGCUUUCAUGGGCCAUCCGGCACACCCGCUCAAAUGAGAAUCAUAAAUCACAGCAAACUGAUCGAUCAAAAAAAAGGAAAUCAAGUAGCAACGUGACCAGUGGUCGCCAUCUUUGUGGCAUUUUCUCAAAAAACGUGGAACGAAGGAGCACUUCAAAGGCCUCGAAGAUCCUCCAGAACAAAUAAACAACCAAUUGAUGACUAAAGUGCAUGUGAAUAUUCUCCUUCUCAGGCCAUUGAAUGGAUGGGAACUGGACUGCGGACAAGCAGAGUCCACUUGCGAUCCAUCCAAUGCACCGAGAACGACUGGAGUUUUUCUUCUCUCCAAUGAUGUAUGUCCCUCUUGCGCUGUUUCGCUCAACCUUUUCGGGGAAGUGACACUGUUUGAGAUGUUACGCUCAUUUGGAAGCAGCCACUUGGGGAACCUCUCCCCCGGAAUUAGCCACUUACGAGUUUAAUGGUGGAGAUGUUGAACUGAAACGGAUAAACGAAACGGAGGAUAUAUGUUGACAAAUAAUCAAGUGAGGCAGUUUGGCUCCA